AUGGGACAAGGACCAUCGGGGAUGCCUGGAAACGGCAAUGAUCCCUCCAAGAAGCCUAACGACAAGAAGAAAGAAAAACCAAAGUACGAACCUCCAGUGGAAAGUAAGUUUGGUAAGAAACGGAGAAAGGGACCCGAUACCGCAGUCAAAUUACCUUCUGUUUACCCAAAUACAAGAUGUAAAUUGAAAUUGUUGAAAUUAGAAAGAAUCAAGGAUCAUUUGUUGUUGGAGGAAGAGUUUGUGACCAAUCAAGAAGCAUUCCAACCCACUGAACAACGACAAGCUGAGGAACGAGAAAAAGUAGAUGAAUUAAGAGGGUACCCCAUGUCAAUUGGGACUUUAGAAGAAAUUGUUGAUGAUGAUCAUGCAAUUGUUUCAUCAACUUCAGGUAGUGAAUAUUAUGUUAGUAUUAUGUCAUUUGUUGAUAAAGGAUUAUUAGAACCUGGAUGUUCAGUAUUAUUACAUCAAAAAACAGUGGCAAUCGUUGGGGUAUUACAAGAUGAUGCUGAUCCAAUGGUAAGUGUUAUGAAAUUAGAUAAAUCUCCAACAGAAUCUUAUGCUGAUAUUGGAGGUUUGGAAUCACAAAUUCAAGAGAUCAAAGAAGCUGUUGAAUUACCUUUAACUCAUCCUGAAUUGUAUGAAGAAAUGGGUAUUAAACCUCCUAAGGGUGUUAUAUUGUACGGUGCUCCAGGUACAGGGAAAACCUUAUUGGCCAAAGCGGUUGCCAAUCAAACCAGUGCAACUUUCUUAAGAAUUGUUGGAUCAGAAUUGAUUCAAAAGUAUCUUGGUGAUGGUCCACGAUUAUGUCGACAAAUCUUUCAAAUUGCUGCAGAACAUGCCCCUUCCAUUGUAUUUAUUGAUGAAAUCGAUGCAAUUGGUACCAAGAGAUAUGAAUCUACCAGUGGAGGUGAAAAGGAAAUACAAAGAACCAUGUUGGAGUUAUUAAAUCAAUUGGAUGGGUUUGAUGAUCGUGGUGAUAUUAAAGUUAUUAUGGCCACCAAUAAGAUUGAGUCUUUAGAUCCUGCUUUGAUUAGACCUGGUAGAAUUGAUAGAAAGAUCUUGUUUGAAAAUCCUGAUGCUAAUACAAAGAAAAAGAUUUUAGGAAUUCAUACUUCCAAAAUGAGCUUAGCAGAUGAUGUUAAAUUAGAUGAAUUGGUCACCUCUAAAGAUGAUUUAAGUGGUGCUGAUAUUAAGGCCAUGUGUACCGAAGCAGGUUUAUUGGCAUUAAGAGAAAGAAGAAUGCAAGUCAAGAUGGAUGAUUUCAAACAAGCUAAAGAAAGAGUAUUGAAAAACAAAGUCGAGGAGAAUUUAGAAGGAUUAUAUUUAUAA